GGCAACUAGAGAAUAUUUUGCAACGCAAAUCCUGCUGCUGAACAUAAUGUGCGUCAGGUUUCGCGCAGUACGGCGAUUUUGUUUACAAGAAUCAAAGCCGUAGAAAUGAAUGAAUGAGUGAUAUAAAAUUUUGGCUGGAUAAUUUUUGAGGGGUAUGCCUAUUUGUGCUAGAUGCUUCGGUUGCUGAUGCAGUACGGAAUUCUCGUAUUAUUGACGCUCCUGGAAGUGAGUGAACUUUCACUCACUGACGGUAACAGUCAAGUCCCAGGAGAGGAGUCACUGGGAGAAAACAACAGCAUUGUGAUCUGCCGCCAUUGUGGACACGACCUCUUUGACCCUCAAGACAUCUUCAGUUUUGAAAGUCCAGGGUCACUGCAAACAAAAAACAACACAGUAAUAGGUUCUGUGCGAUCGAAUGUGCAGCUCCUGCAGAACCCUCACGGCUAUCAGUUUGAGGUGGUGACGGUCCGGCACAGCAUCUGCGCGCCCCAGGGCACGUGGCAUUCAUCUCACUCGUGGUUUCCGGGCUACAGUUGGAAGAUUUGUCUCUGUCCCACGUGCCACACUCACAUCGGCUGGAUAUUCAAGAAAGUUAAGCCUUCGGAGGAAGACACGACAAACAACUCGUUUUUCGGUCUCAUUCUAGACAGGAUUUUGGAGGAGUCAUCCAUCAGCCAGCUGCUGGUCACUCCCAAGUCGUACAGAGUGUAGCGCCGGUACGGGCCCAG